AUGCGCUGCGGCCGUCGUUUGAUUUUCGUGCUUCUCUCGGUACUGCUGAGUUUCUUGGGCGGCCUCCCAGUUCAAGUCCUGGUAAGCAGCACCGACCUGGACCCUUUCCAGUACGCAACGCGGGGUGAGGAGCCUGCUAACAUUUUGAGUUUGAUCUCAAGCCAAACGAUUCCGCGGGAGGACGAGGAUAUUGCUGCGCAGGAGUUCCACUCGGGAGCUUUUCUUGAGAGCUUUGACAACGAAGGCGUCGACGCCGCCGUACUUUCCCACGAGCCCGCUCGUGGAACAGCGACGAAAGCCUACGUCACUCGUAUACUGAACUGGAGGCACGAGCUGCCCGCAGCGUGCGCGCUUGCAUACUCCAUUGCUUCGGUCGUGUACGGCAUUGAGGAUAUUUCCAGAAUCAGUGCCGGUGACGUCGAGCUUGUUGCUCUUGUUGAAAGUCAGCGGCUGCCGCGAUCUGCCAGGUUCUACCUGGAAAAAUGCGGGUACCGCGUAGUGCCGGUCCAGCCGCAACUAGGCAUCCCAGAUUUCCUGCGCUUGCCGCUUGCGUCAUGGUCUCUCACCGAGUACAAGGCAGUUAUCUUUAUUGAACCCAUAAGCCUGGUUCUGAGCCCCUCCGUGCAGGAACUCUUUCACUGCGGCUGCUUCUGUGCGGCGGUUCAAACAGGAGAAUAUUUCUCUGCUGGGGUGUUUGGCUUACGUCCAAGCUUGAAAGUUCAUUCGCGAAUGCUGGAGUUCCUCCGCAGGGAUGUCAUCGGCCUGGACUGGCCCCCCGCGCAUUAUGCGGAAAAGCACCGGCAUCUUUUCACAGAAGCGAGCAGAUCACUGGGUGCUUUCUUGAACACGUACUUUCGAGACUUUUUGCGUGCGCCGUAUUUCCCUCAAAAGAUUCCAGCUGAGCACAUUGAUGAGGAUGAUAUGGAGUACGGCGAGCUCAUGCGCAGCUGCUGUGACGAUCCGAUCCUGCUGGUGUCGAGCCUGCGACUAGCGUCGGACCCCAACUCGGUUUGUGUACGGCGACUGCCGAUCGGGUACAAUGGCGACCCCGUGUUUCAUGGCGUAUUCUCCAAUACCCGUGUCAUUCGAUUCACAGUGCCACUGACGCCGUACGCCUGGUGGAGCGCAUGGGUAAUCGGUAAUAAAGCAGCAUGGCGAGCAUCGCGCCGUGCUUUAGGAAGUGUUCGCGCUCGCUUCUGGGCUGCUGGGCCGCCCUUUCUGGGGCCGCUCAUGUUAGGCAGCGGAUUGAUGGGCCUCGCUGCCGCCAUUGUGGUACUGCUUGUGAGCUGGCGAGAGGCGCGACACCCGUUUCUGGGCCACUGGCUCGCGACCGUUCUGGGUACGCUUGCCAACGUGCAGCGCAACGCUCUCAUCGAGCGCGGAGGACAAAAGCGCGAUCGCCCAUUCAGGUUUUGGAGUCGACUCAGAACCGCGAGACGCCCGUCUGCGAAAAGUACUGUAGACGCUGGCUCGUGCGACCCCGAAUCGAGCUGUCGUCUGGAGCGCGCUCCAUCAAGUCGUCGGUCGAUGUGGAUUCGGUGUAUGAACCUGCUCGUUGGAAACUUAUGUGGUUUGGUCGGUGGAUUAGUCUUGCCAGCCACAGCCUGGCUCAUGGUGCCGACGUAUCUGCCAGCACCGGUAGGAGCAGCGCUGUUCGCUAGCUUGUGUGUGGCUUUGCAACACUGCACGUUGAGUGUUCUCCGCUUUUAUUUCCAGCGUCGAUGUUUUUCGCAAACCAUACCACCACCACCACCACAGGGUGCAGCUUUCGAGGGCGCACGUCAUCACGCCAGCGAACGAGAUAGUAGCGACACCAUCAACGCCAUAGAAGAGAAGCAGAGUCGGGGCUAUCCGCGGCUGGGUGCUUCUAGCCGCCAUAGCGCUGGACUUCAGCGCAAUGCUGCACGCCCGCUUCUGCUCCCGCGGUACGUUCACAUCGCUCAUUUCAUCUGGUGGAUCGUCGCUCCGCAGAUACCGAUUCUCUUUACGAGAAACAUUCCGCGCGUGAUAACAAUUUGGGUCUCGUCUUUAUUUAUUUAUGACAUGAUCUGUUGUCUGGGUUUCGCCUUUGUACUCCAGAGCGAUGCACAAGAAAGCUGUUAA